AUGAAGGUGGUUAUGGUCCUCCUGCUGGCUGCCUUCCCCCUUUACUGCUAUGCAGGUUCUGGUUGCGCUCUUCUGGAGAGCGUCGUUGAAAAGACCAUCGAUCCAUCAGUUUCUGUGGAGGAAUACAAAGAAUAUCUUCAGAGGUUCAUCCACGAUGAAAAAACUGAAGCAGCUGUAGAGGAGUUCAAAGAGUGCUUCCUCAGCCAGAGCAAUGAGACUCUGGCCAACAUUAGAGUCAUGGUGCAUACAAUAUAUGACAGCCUUUACUGUGCUCCGUAUUAA